AUGGCUGGGGGCACCAGCGGGGCCAGGGGCUGCCUGGGGGACGCCUUGCUGGGCCUUCUGCUCUGCUCCGUGACGCUUGCCUUGGAGGUUUCGGUGGGCAAAGCUCCUGUCAUCUAUGUACAGAACGGCACUGACGUCCUUCUGCCCUGCACUUUCACCUCCUGCAUCGGCAUUGACAGAGCCAACUUCACCUGGAUCCGCAAUCACACGGAGAUCUUCAAAGGGGUCGUGAAGAACAAAGACUCCAAGCCGGAGCCCUACCAAGGCUACAAGUAUGACUUCAAGUACAGGCUCCCUCCUGAUGUUGCCCUCAGCAAGGACAACCGGGAGUUCAACAUCUCCCUCGAGCUCCUGGACGCCGAGUUCAGCGACUCUGGGAAAUACACCUGCUUUGUCAAGAACCCAAAGGAGAAAAACGCCAAUCACAGUGACACCAUCACCCUCAAAGUGGUUGUGGAGUUGGAGAAGGUUGACAACACAGUGACGAAGAUUAUCGUGUCAGUUGUGGGAGGCGUCAUUGGGCUGCUCAUCCUCAUCAUGGUGAUCAAGAAGGCCACCCUCUUCAUCCUCAAGAAGACGCGGCAGAAGAAGGAGUGCCUUGUGAGCUCCUCAGUCAACGACAACACGGAGAACGGGCUGGCUGGCUCCAAAGCGGAGCAGAAAUCCACCCCAAAGGCCUGAGGCCAGCACCGGUGGGGCUCAGCCACCCACCGCCCCAGGAUCUGGUGACCUGCGAGGCUCUGAAGUCCAGGCCUGGGGGCGGAAGAGAGUCGACUGUUUCCAGAUGAUGGAUGCUUGAGACACGAUUCCAUUG